CGGCGAUGCGGCGCGCUCAGGAUGCUGCGGCGCCUGGUAGUGCUGCUGGCGGCGCUUCUCAGCCUUCUCAGCCCGCGCCUCGGCUUGGGCGCGCACGGGACAGAAUUGCCCAGCCCUCCCUCUGUGUGGUUUGAAGCAGAAUUUUUCUUCCACACCCUCCACUGGAUGCCCAUCUCAAAUCAGUCCAAUAAUACCUACUAUGAAGUAGCACUCCAGAGGUAUGGAAUAGAGCGCUGGAAUAUCAUCCCCAACUGUAGCCAGGUCCUGGCGCUGUCCUGUGAUCUCACCAUGGUGACCCUGGACCUGUACCACAGCAAUGGUUACCGGGCCAAAGUCCGAGCAGUGGACGGCAGCCGGCACUCCAACUGGACCUUUACAAAUACCCGAUUCUCUGUGGACGAAGUGACUCUGACAGUUGGCGGAGUGAAACUAGAAAUGUACGAUGAUUUCAUCCACGGGACCAUCGAGCUCCCCAGGCCCAAGAUAGCCCCCAAAGGCGACACGUAUGAAAGCAUCUUCCCUCACUUCCGCGAGUAUGAGAUUGCUAUUCGCAAGGGGGCAGGAAAGAAUAAGUUCACAUACAAGAAAGUAAAACACGAAAACUUUAGCCUUCCAACCUCUGGAGAAGUGGGAAAGUUCUGUGUCAUGGUGAAACCAUCUGUCAGCUCCCGAACUAACAGAGGGAUGUGGUCGGAAGAGGAAUGCAUCGUCCUCAGCGAGCAGUAUUUUACCGUGACCAACCUCUGUAUCUUCUCUGCCCUCGUCCUGCUGCUCUGCGGAGCCCUGGCCUACUGCCUGGCCCUCCAGCUGUAUGUGCGGCGCCGGGGGAAGCUGCCCUCUGUCCUGGUCUUUAAGAAGCCCAGGCCCUUCAUCCUGGUCAGCAUGCCUCCCUGCCCAGAGACCCAAGACAUCAUCCACCCCCUCGACGAGGAGGCCUUCCCAAAGGUGUCCCCAGAGCUGAAGAACUGGGACCUCCAUGGCAGCACAGACAGUGGCUUUGACAGUACCAAGCCAUCCCUGCAGACUGAAGAUCCCCACUUCCUCCUCCCUGUGCCCGAGGCUGGUGGGACCGUAGGAGAGGGAAAGACAGAGCUGGAAGACAGCAGCAGCAGCAACAGCACAGACAGUGGGAUCUGCCUGCAGGAGCCCAACCUGAGCCCUGGCAUGGGGCCCGCCUGGGAGCAGCAGGUGGAGGGUGAUGGCAGAGGCCAGGAUGACAGUGGCAUUGGCCUAGUCCAAAACUCUGAGGGGCAAGCUGGGGACACACAGGGUAGCUUAGCCUUGAGCCGUGUCAGUCCCCCAUCACCUGAGGUGCCGGAAGAAGACCCAGCCUCAGUGGCAUUCCAGGGCUACGUGAAGCAGACCAGAUGCACUGAGAGGACAACCAGAGCAGGCUGCCUGGAGGAAGAGUCCUCCUUGACAGAUGGCCCCAAAUUCAGGACAUGCCUGGAUGAUGAGGCAGGCUGGCCUCCACCAGUCCUGGCCAAGGGCUAUUUGAAACAGGAUCCCCGGGGAAUGACUCCGGCUCCCUCAGGGGCCCCAAUUGGACAAUGGGACCAGCCACCUGAGGAAUGGCCACUCCUGGGCUUGACUACGGCAGUGAAUUUGCAACACUGGAGCUGGACACAUGAUCUUGCCACUCUGGACUUUGGCAGGGACCCAAGACACCAUCCACUCUCUCGACGAGACAUCAACUCCGACCUGGUCCUCCUGCCAUUGAUCUCCAACCUGCACUCAAGUGACUUCAGCUAAAUAGCUGCUUUGAUUUAAGCCAUGCCUGCACCCCUGCCUGCACCAGAACGAGGGCCCCUAGGGAUCCCUCAGAAGUAGAGCCUAAGGCAGUCUGGCACAUUCCUGCAAGCCCACCUGGGCCAGCCCUUGCUGACCCUAUAGGGCUAGCCAGCGUGCCUGGGUCAGGAAGAGGCCAUCUCACAGAACUACACAGAGAGUCUGGGUGGCAUCGGCCUGUUCUGCUGACUGGGACCCUGUAGUCUGGCAAUGCUGAGAUAGGACAGGCAGAGACCUCCCCCCUCCUCUGGACUCUUUCGUGUGUUGGAAAGGAUGAUUUGCUCAAGGAAACAAGAGGGUUUUCUGGAGUUGUGAGGCCAUCAGGCUAAAGUCAGCUCAGGCCUCUGCCCUUAGGCCUGCCAAGCCUCAGGGCCUCCAGCAGGAGGGAGAGCUGAAAGGCUGGAAGCCUCUGGGCCUUGCUUCAGGCCUCAUUUCUGGGGAGAGUAAAGGAGAAGGCCGAGGCUGAGUUUGAUGGUCACGUGGAAAAGCUCCCUACUGGCAGGCCUCUCAAGUAGGGAACUUGUCACCCAGUCUUAAGGUAUAUCUUCCCCGCACAGUCAGCCAGCCUAUCAGCACAUCAGUAUGGAGAUGGAGCCACAGGGGGAUGCAGGGAGCUAAGACCCUGAACGGGGCUUCCAGCUCAGAACCCGUUCCUCUGGUGGGAUAUUUCUGGUGUCCACCUGCAGACAUGUCUCUCCCUCUCCCAAACAGGGAAGCAUCCCCCUGUGGCACUUGCCACCAACCCCCUCACAUCCCCACCCUGCCACCCCAUCAUCUUUCUGACAGUUCCAAGAAACCAUGGUAAGUUUCUCUUGGUCAAAACUCAGCCCUUCAUCCAGCCCAGGUCAGCCUCAGAGAGUCAGGGUUGGGACCUGCACUUGUGUUUGCUGCUAACGUCCAACUGUGUACCCAGAGGACAGGGCCCUGGGCCGGGGUCACUGCUCCAUCAGUGUUCAGCAUGACCUUUCAUCCUCUACAUGUGAAAUGAGGACUUCACUUUUAGGGGGUCUUCCAUGCUGAAUGUUAGCCAAGCUGGCAUCUAGGGUGACAUUGCUGACCCUGCCCCACUCUAGACUGGGAGGAAGUGGACGCCAGAAGCCAUCUGCCCAGAGCCAGCUUCUUUCUCAUGCUGACAGAUGACAGAUCUAGCAGGAAGCUGUGACAUUAUGCUGAGAGAGUACCAGUGCCUGGGCCAGUAAGCGGGCAGGUAUGGGCCCUGCUUCCUCACAGUCCAUUUGGAGUCUGUCUUCAAGUAAAGGCAGUUCAGUGUGCACAGGCACUGGGGCUGGGAGGGGCCCCGGCCUGUGGAUGCCCUCCAGAGCCAUCGCUCGGCCCUGUGUUUCUCUGUCUUCUGCAGACAGACAUCCUGGCCCAGGGAAUCCAGCCAUGCCCCCUCCCAUUCUGCCAAGACACCCUUUGCUAGCAGUCGAUAACUGAACUCCCCCUGAAAACAGGCUCAAGGUAGCAUUCUUCAGGGGUUCCGUGAAGCCUUUAUUUAUUUAUUUUGUACAUUUAUUUAUUGAAGAGGUAGCAUAGUACAGUGAAAGAACUGUGCAUAUUUCGGGAGCCCUAGAGUUCUCGUUCUGACUCUGCUGUUUCUAGCUGUGUGACCUUGGGCAAGUCACUUUUCCUCCUUGAGCCUCAGUUUCCUCAUCUGGAAAAUAAUGACUGAGUCGUCUAAUUCUUAGGGAUGUGAGGUUCUACCAAGGAAAUGGUUGUGAGUAUGCCUUGAACAGAAAGCUCUGUAAAUAAGUGAUGUAUGAUUUUCAUUCUAAUAAAUUGUCAAAACUGCAGGAAUCUUGUGAAGCUGGUCAGGUUUCUGAUGAUACAGGGGCUGGUGGUUGUUUGUAACUGGGGAUGAUAAUGAGAAGUGUGAUGAUGCUUUAAGGAG